AUGGCUUCUCCUACUAAGGAAGGAAGUGAUUCAGCUGACAACACUCUCAAGAUGUCCGAAAAUGAGGCUCCGAAUGACUGUAGUGCAGACAGAGAGCCUUCAUUUGCUGAUCCCAAUGUGAUCUCUCAGGUGGAAUCCAACCUGAUAAACAGGGAGCCAAGCACAUCAACCUCCCAAGAGGAUGCUGUUCUUUCAACAGCAGAAAAUACUGAGCUUAAAGCAGAGAAGAUUCAAAAUGAUUCUCAAAAGGAAGAUGUAUCAGAAAACUCUGUUGUAAUUCAGAUGCCUAUUCCUAGAAAAUUGAUCUUUCUUACAUCAGGAUUAGGGAGAAUUACCUAUCUGAGUAUCCCAGUGCUAAAAACUGAUAAAAGCAGUUCCUUAAGUGAGAGACCAAUAUUCUACCCUGGGAAAGUGGAGAUGAAAAUGAGUGAUUUUUCUCACAGCAUCAUAAAUUGCAAAAUUCCUCUCCAACUUUCAAUUCAAUGGAGAAUACCAUUCAUUAGUAAUCAUGAGAUAAGAGGAAUGAUUCUCCGUCUGCUGUGUGGGAGACAUUUCUCUCAAACUGCAGGUCUUCAAAAUAGCAAGUGGGUGAAACAAAAAUAUAUAGCAUUCCUUCCUCGUCCAAAUGUCCUCACCCAUGGUGAAAGAACCAUAAUAUUUGGAAGGCCUUUGAGGGUGUACUACUAUCGUUCCCUCAUUGAGCGAAUGACAUCUGGAAAAUUUUACAAAUCAGGUGAUACUAAAGGGAGGGAUGGAUUCCAAAUUUUUUUGAGGCCAGGGUUCUAUAUUCCACGAACCCAAAUUCAAAAUACUUCCAACAGAAAAGUUUUUGAAAAUCAUUUGAGAUCUCACCAUAACAUUAGGGUUGUGAUCAUAAGCAUCGAUAAUGGAUGGAAAUACCUGUGUCCCAUCUGUGGGUGUAGUUUCAACAAUUUUAAUGAAUUUAGACAGCAUUCCUGCAGUUUUCCUGGGAACUAA